UCCGGUCGAGUAACCGGUGGCCGCCUCAGGAAGCCGGCUGUGUCCGCUCCUGUUACGUGGCUGGGGAAGGCGGCGGCGGCGGGAAGCUGGGUCGUUUCUCCAUAGCGGUUCGGGAAACGGGCCUCCUUUUCUGCAAGAGCAGCCCUCCCUUGAAUCGCUUCCAGCUGCCGGUUCUGAACGGACGGGGGCUGGUUCCCGGGACCUCCUCGGUUCUUCUUCACGGGGCUUAGCCAGAAAUCUCCCCUCUGGCCGGAGGAUGUGUGCCUCAGCCCGUUCCCGUCCCGGUCGGAGUAAGGACCGCGACAACAUCGCUGGGGCUGAAGGAUUCCAAGGAAUGCGGCCAUCUGGGAAACCUGCACCCUCAGCUUGAAAAGUUCUAUAGGUGUGAACAAAAGACCUUUUCAAGAGCCCAUCGCCCUGAGAGGAAGCCAUGGCUGUCCAGACCACAUGGUGCUUGGCCUGGGUAUCAGCAGUGCUGGUUUUGGUCGCAGUAAAACCAUUCCAGACCCAAAGGUGUUCCUCGGAGAAGAUGGAAAACUCCACAAUCAAUAUCACGGCAGCCUUUUCCAAAGGCAUCAGGGGGACGGAUCCAAUCUACGCACCAUCUUGGGAAGUCUGUGUGGAGACUUGCUGCUCGGAAAGAAUAACAGGUGAUAAGACGUGCAACUAUGCGAUCUUUAACACCAAAAUGACAGGCAGUUCUCCCAAUUGCUAUCGGUUUUAUUUUCCUGCCCAAGAAGCCUGUCCCUUAAAACCAGGAUUAGGACUGGUCACCUACAGAAUAAUAGAAGGCAAAAAAAUGCCCCAACCAGCUCCUUCCUUAAACAAAGUCCCGCAUUCUACAGUGAACGGAACAGCAGCUGGGUUUGCAAGGCCACUGGGUGGACCGGAUCCUUUGCCCAAGACCUCUAAGAAAGAGGAGGAAAUCUUUGGCCCUUCAAAUCAUUCCUUAGAGAAAGUGGGUGGAUCCUCCCAGGAGGAUCCCAAAGCUGGGAGGACAAAUGGAGUGGAGACUUUGGGUUCUUCGAUGGUGCAUGAAAGCAACAGUCCUGCUACCACCAUCCAGCGGCAGCUUCUUGUAGGCGAUGCAGCCAUUUUUAAUCCUCCCAGCCACGCCGCUACUUCUGCGCCUUAUGCCAGAAAUACAGAGGGGCCUACUCUCCAGCCAAGCCAGGCGCCUCUUCCCAAACCAUCGUUUCCUUCCCAAACUGAUCCUCACCGUUUCAGUUCAUUGUCGUCCGCCCUGCCUACUCCGCCGGCGUCUCUUCGGGGGGGCCACCUUACUGAUGGACAACUUAGUUUGGAAGGCUUCAGCCCUGACGGCAGCCCAGCCACGAACGAUUUCCUCCUGUUUUUUAACCAAAGCUUCCUCUAUGCUGCCUUGAUUUCCGGGGUGCUGUUUUUUGUCAUAGCAGUGGUGCUGACGGGGAAAAGGUUCUGCUCGCAGAAGCCACAGGGCUACACCAGGCUGGACUUGAUCAAUGGCAUCUACGCAAAUAUGUGAAUGUAAGAGGGACAGCUGAGUUUGCCUGUCUUGUGGCCUUCAGGGUAAAAAAAAGAUGGAUUGGAUUUGCAGUUCUAAUGCAGUUCUGCCCAUCCAAGUCAUAAUGUUC